CGUCAUUCCUGGCCGUGACACUGUACGAUCGCGCUCGAUAUUCGCCUCAUCGUUGCAUACGAAAGUGAUCUUGAUCUCGCGGUCGCGAGCAGAUAAGAACGAAUCUUAUCAUUCGCGACGGCGACGGCACGGUACCGUUUACCACCUGUCUCCAUUCGCGGUACCCUGGGUACCGCGUGGUACCAAUCCACGCCGCGAACGACGACCUUGGACGUCGCCCCGCCGAGCUUGAUCAACUUCGUCUAAUCUCAUCGACGCGACGUCGGUCAACAUCCGGAAUCCGGACAUUCCGGACGUCCACGUGCAUUGUUUUACCGAUAUGGAAGGACGCGGUGGUGGCGCCGGCAGUGGGGCGCAUCUCGCGGUUAUUGCUGGCAUUUUUGCGACCAGUGGUAGUCUUCUUGGCAAGCUCGCCGGUGGCGCUGAUGCAUCGUCAUUGUCAUCGUUGUUUCUAAAAGGAAUACUUCUCAUCUUUAUGAUCGUGUGCAACACCAUAGGAUGUACGUUUUUUGUCAAAGCGCUUCAUGCUAGCGGAUCUUCUUUGCCGAUAACGAUCGCCAGUGCAGCCACGAACUAUAUUUGUUCGGCGUUCGUAGGCUACAUCGUAUUUGAUGAAUCCACUUCAUUGACCUGGUGGUGCGGAACUUCCUUGGUACUUCUCGGCUUGAUGUUGAUCUGCAAUGUUUCCGCUGAAAAAAGCGUAUCCACCAUCGAGGAAAAAUUGAAACAUCAAUAGCUGGCGAUGGACGCUUUUAUAUUCUGAGCAAAAGCGAUUGCGGUGAUGUCACAACGGUACGAUUAUUUCCAUUUUUGUAUUAUUGACAUCGACAGAUAUAUUUAUUAUGUCUUUACG